AUGUCGCUUUUUCGCAAUUUUUUGAUCCUGUUCGCAGGAGUAGCUACUCACAUCGUUUAUCUGCAUGGUUCUGAACAUCACAUGUAUGGUACUUGUUAUCUACAGCUUCUGCUGCUCGUUCUCGUCACAUAUGUCUCGUUUUCGACCUUCACCUACUCUCUCAACGUUAGUGAAGCCUUGAAAGACGCUCUGACACAUGUUUCCCUUUAUCUCCUUGGCCUCUACACCAGCCUUAUUACUUAUCGUCUAUUUUUCAGUCCUCUCCAUCACUUUCCUGGCCCUGUGGGCUCUCGAAUCUCCAACUUGUACCUUUCCUUGCACAUCACCAAACUCAACGCACACGAAAAGCUCUUCUCUCUACACAAAGCAUAUGGCUCCUUCGUUCGCGUUGGUUCAUCUGACCUUUCCAUUACACAUCCCAAAGCUGUACAAGCAAUCUACGGGCCACAGUCACAGUGUACCAAAGCAGACUGGUAUGAUCUCACUCUUCCCAUGGUUUCCAUGCAAACAACGCGAAACCGUAGCCUGCAUGACCGACGAAGACGAAUCUGGAGCCAGGCUUUUGGAGAAAAGUCAAUGCGCGGUUACGAACAAAGGAUGCGUGUGUUCCAGGAACAACUUGUUGGUAAAAUCGAAGCUGCAGUCUCCAAGGACAGCUCUAUAAAUGUGACCGAGGUGUUCAAUCUCUAUACUUUUGAUGUUAUGGGAGACCUGGCAUUCGGCGAGGGAUUCGAUAUGCUCAAGACUGAUCAGCUGCACUGGGCAGUGCAAUUGGUGGGGGAAGCAAUGACACCAUUGGGAUUGAUGUUACCGACGUGGAUGUUUCGGGUACUAGUGUCGAUACCAUUUGCAACAAAUGGAUGGUGGAGUUUUAUCCGCUAUUGCUGUGACAGGCUGGAUGAGAGAAUGACAAAGAAGACAAUCACUUCGGACAUCCUAUACACGUUGCUCAAGCCCUACAACGGAACUAAACCAUCUGGUGCAGAGCUGAAAGUAUUACAAGGCGAUACGCAGCUUAUCGUCGUAGCCGGAAGUGACACUACGGCAACAACGUUGGCAAGUCUUUUCUACGAGCUUGUCCGAAACCCAGAACACAUUGAAUUAAUCCGACAAGAAAUCACACCUCAUGUUAGUCCCAACGGCGACAUAUUGCACCAACCACUGCAAUAUCUUGAGCAUCUGAAUGCAGUCAUCGAUGAGACGCUGCGACUGCACCCCCCUGUUGGUACAGGCUUGCAACGUACGACGCCGCCUGAAGGUCUUGAGAUUGGCGAUACAUACAUACCCGGCAACACUACCGUCUCGUGCCCACAAUACGUUAUUGGGAGGAGCGAAGCCAUCUACGAGAAUGCACACAAAUUUAUUCCCGAACGCUGGUACAAAUCCUCCACCUCCGUCAAGGAAAAAAGCGCCUACGCACCAUUUUCCGCAGGACCAUACAAUUGCAUCGGGAAACCGCUCGCGCUCAUGAAUCUGCGCACAACAGCCGCAAAACUGCUUCAUCGAUUCGACGUCUGCCUUGCGGAUGGCGAAAACGGUACGGCGUUUGAAAGGGACAUGAAGACGCAGUUUACCGCGGCUAUGGGUGCUUUGAAUCUCAAGUUCACUGAAAGAAAGGUUGGAGGCCUAAAGUGA